AUGCGCUUUCUUUUGACUGUUAACCCUGAGGACGAGCCAUACACCACGCUGUCGCACUACAGGGGGUUGGAUUUUGAAACCGGAGAGGAGGAGGUGGGAGUCAGGGGGGUGAACGAAAUCAGGAGGAGACUGCAGGAGAGUAUGAAAUUGGGUGUUAUGCUCGAGGCGGAGAGGGCGAGGAAUGAGGGGUUGCUGGGGGAGUUGAGACGGUUGGUUGGGACACAGGGUGGGGUUAAAUCUGAGGGGAAUGAGGGGGGGAAAGAGAAGUCGGUUUUUGGGUUUCUGGCUGAGGGACGGAGGGGACUGGAGGGGGUGGACAGGGAGAGGCCAUUGGAGACGACGGCGAGGUUUGGGAGGAGUCAGCUGGGGAGCUUGAGGGAGUUGAGUGUGGGAUUGGGGGGGCUGCUGCCGCGGUUGGCACAGGAGACGGCGGCGGAGGAUGGGGGAGCAACAACGAGGGAUUGGAGGAGGGAGAGGCUGGAAUAUGUCGAGGCUGCUGCGAGGAGGCAUUUGGAAAAUGUGAGGGGGUUGGAGUUGACGAGGGACGGGGCGGUGAGGGAUGAUAAUGCUGAGAUGGUGGUCGGGGGGCCGAAGACGAUGGAGGUGGGGGAUUUGGAACGGGUGGUUGGGUUGCUCGGGGUAGGGGAAGCAGAAGAAAAGGGGACGGGGAAGGAGGCGGAGGGGGAUAGGAUGGACGAGUCUUGA